CUUAUUAAAUAGACUAAAUUGUUCUACAAAUUUAGCUCAAUAUGGAAACGGAGCUGGACUAUUCUUAUGAUCUUGAAGUGGACUUUAAUUCUGCAGAUCCUUUCACAGAGCCGAACAAAACAACCGACUCAUCGAUACCUGAUGACCUUGGGUUUGAAGACAAUAUCGAAAAGAGUGAUGCAACUCAAAGUAUUUCCAAGGAUGAUUUAAUUUCACCCCUUGGUGAUAGUAAUUUUGACGAGGUCUUAGGAAAUCACCAGCAAAAAUCGCCCAGCAACUCAAAGCUUGAUGAAGAGUUCUAUAUAGGCAAGUUAGAUUCUGAUGGGAAAAAUGCGCCGACACGUGAUCAAACGACGUUCUCGGAUGUCAGUUCAGACGAGGAGAACGAAGGCGGCGGAGGCAGCAGCAGUCGGAACAGAAGCAAAGAGGGAUCAUCCAAUGGAAGAACAAACGAAAGAGCCAAUUCCAGAAAGAGGAAGUCUUCGCUCUCCGAUGGCCUGAACAUCGACCAUAAUACCUCAGCAGAGGCGAAACUCAAGCAAGCCCAGAGUCCCCCAGCUAGUACUGAGUCAGAGAGAAUCAGGACAACUCUGGAACGAAGUUCACACCAGAGUCACUUCCACGCUAACUCAGAAACAGAAGCAGUUCAUGUUAAUCAAGAAGUAAUGACAGGCGGUGAGUGUGGGGGGAACCCAUCUUCCCUUGCUGCAGGAGUAGUAGGAGCAGCAGCAGCAGCAGUGGAACCGAUGUCUGAAGACGCAGAACGGGAGAUGUGGCUGAAGGAACUUUUCAAGGGAGCUAGGUUCUAUAUGAUCAAGAGCAGAAACGACCACAAUGUUCAGUUGGCUAAAGCUAAGAAUGUGUGGUCGACGACACCAGCUAAUGAGCCCAGACUGAACAAAGCCUUCAAGAGCAGUCGAAAUGUCAUUUUGCUGUUUUCUGUGACGGAGAGCCAACGAUUCGCUGGUUUCGCCCGACUGGCCAGUGAGAGUGAUGCCAGUGCCCCGAUGCCCCCCUGGCAGCUGCCUCCAGGCAUGUCCAUCCGCGCACUCAGUGGAGUAUUCCAACUUGACUGGAUCACUAAGGAGGAGCUAUUGUUUGCGAAUACUACCCACUUGUACAAUGAGUGGAACCUCAGGAAGCCUGUGAAGAUUGGACGCGACGGUCAGGAAAUCGAACCUUCGUGCGGUGAAAAACUGUGUCGUCUGUUCGAGUUUUCACCAACAAUCGACAUCUACGUGAUUGUGAAGAAAGUGCGAGCUCACGAGAAGGCCAGAACGACACGAGACACGACAGAACCCCCCGAGCCCCACUACUACGGAGGCAGAGGGGGCUACGAAGGCCGAGGAGGUGGGGGGUUCCGAGGGGGCUAUAGACCGUACAGGGGUUACAGAGGGGGGUACAGGGGUGGAUAUUAUGGAGACAGGUACGACCACCACGAGGACUACUAUAGUAGUAGAGACAGGAGGGAGAGGUCAAGGUCGCCUCCGAGGGGGUCAACAUCAAGCAGAUCAAGGGGCUUCAAUAACGAGUACUUCUCAACUCGUGGUUCUGGGUCCAGCAGUCGACAAGACUACGAGCGAAGACAUAGUCGGGAACGCUCCUCGGAACGACAUCGCAACGAAGAGUCAUCUUCCUCGAGACGGAGGGGGGAGGAUCGAGGAGGCGAUGAGAGUCGGGGGAGGGGGUCUUCGCCUUAUGGAGACCACGUGAGCAAAGAGACAAUGUUGCAUGGCAGCUACAACGACUACAUGCGAGAGUUUCACAAACAGAUGCAAAGAGCCUACCCUGGUUUUCCAGGACCGUUUCCGCCUCCUUUCAUGGGAAUGCAGUUCUACCCGCCCCCAUUCUCAGUUCCUCCUCCCAACUUCGGAGCUGCUGUUCCCUCCAUUCCCACCAAAGAAGACGACAUAGAGACACACGCGAAGCUGGUUGAUAAGUUCCUUAAAAAUACCCGACAUCGCAGCGACUCCUCGGCCUCCCGGUCGGACUACGAGGAUGAGGACGAGGACGAAAAUGUCAGUGACGACGAAGCUGCAGACGACUCACUCUCGGAUGGCGAUGCUUUCUCCGGUUCGUAUGAAGUGAGAGCGGGUAAAAGAUCUCGCCGAAGCACGAGUCGUCAACGCAGUGGUCGGACCAAUAAAAAGUCCACUCAUCGUAGCUCCUCAGUGGAUAGCGAAGACGAUGAAGACAAUUUCAUCCAAUAUUCGUCAAAGUCAGCCCAAAGGAAAUACUAAAACUGAAAAGAACUUGAUGUUAAACUGGAAUAGAGCAAACGUGAAAUAGUGUUACUUAUUUUUUCUUAGAAACCCAAUUGAAACUUUUUGCUAGUACUGUUUAUUAAAUUCCAUUUGGGAUAAAUUAUAAAAAUGUGUACCGGGAUUAUUUCAAUAAUUUUGGCUUUCGAUAAUUUACAUAACAGUUUAUUCCAUUUGGAUUGUAAAAACUAAACGAAAAUCUUUGAUAUUGUCGUAUUAAGGCCAUUGACAGUGAUGUCUUAAAAGUUGGAUCCAAAAAAGAAGGAA